AUGAUGAUCAUCGAUGCAGGUUCUCGUCAAGAGCUUGGAAUGCAAUUCACUCGUCAUCCGCAGCCCUUGGCAGCACCCCUGGGUGACGUUGUGGAUUUUGAGUGCAGCCUGGGUCUGGCUGCGGACAAAUUCACAUGGCGUCAUCGUCCCCUGAACUCAAACCAGUGGUUUGCCCUGACAAACUCCACCCCAGGUGUCAAGAAAACAUCCAAACUCGUCAUCGACUUCAACGAUCCCUCGAAAUCCGGUGACUACAGAUGCAUCGCGUAUUACGGUACAAGUGGUCUAGCCUCGGAUCCAGGUCGCCUGAGCCUAGCUAAGAUCGACGAAUUCACCGACAAAUCAAACGUAGAAAUAAUUGUCCCAGCAGGCAAUACAGUCCCUAUAACAUGUCCCGUUCCCUUCUCAUCACCAGAUCCAAUAGUUCAAUUCUACAAAGACAGCGUUCUCAUUAAAUCCAGAAAUCUAGCUGGUGGAAAAACGCUAGUCCUGGAAAAUGCUCAACCCAUGGACUCUGGGAGUUAUCACUGUGUAGCGUACAACGACAUCGCUACACAAACAGUGCGGAGUAAUCACGAGACAAAAUUGAUAAUUCAAAAAGACGAGAGAGCAAUUUCUCCAUUUUUUGUCAAACAACCUCAGACUGAGUACAAAGUACUCCGAGGUAGAAACGUCACCCUGGAGUGCUUCGGUGCAGCAAGACCAAUUCCAAAGGUCACCUGGUCGAGACUGGUGGGGAGUCUACCCUCGGGCUCUCAAUACACAUCAUCAGGAUUAAUGCUGACGAAUGUUCUUCCCCAGGAUCAGGGGGAGUACCACUGCAUGUGGACAUCAGGUGGUAACAAAAUUGAGUCUGUUAUUAUCCUGAAGGUUGUGGCACCACCGAGAGUCACUAAAGUCCCUAAAGCUUCGACAUUUGCUGAGGGUGGUGAAUUGGAAUUAUUCUGCGAGGCAACGGGCCACCCAGAACCAACGAUCGAGUGGUUGAUCAACGGUGAACCCCUCCAGAGAAGUCCCAAUGUCGAGAGCAAAGGAUCGAGAUUGUUUGUGUCGUCAGUCGAGAAGAAACACGCGGGAAUUGUACAAUGUGUCGCCAGUAACGAGUAUGGAUCACACUCUGGCUACAAUUUUCUUCGUGUCAAUCCUAAACAACAUCCUGGAGGCAGUGGAGAUCACUCAAAACAGGAGGGACAUGGAGUGCCUGGAGGUCUUUACAAACACAUAAGAAUGGGUGGCAAGAGGAAAAGCAAGGAGGGACAUCGAAGGGGAACGGUUAUGGUCCCUCCUCAUCAGCCCAACGUCACACGACUCUCGGAUUUCUCGGUGAUGGUUCGUUGGUCUGUUCCGGAGAACACAGGGCUGCCUAUUCUGUUCUUCAAGGUUCAGUACAAGGAGUUUGGAUCUAAGUCCAGUGGAAAACAGUCCAAGUGGAUGACAGCCAAUAUGGAAAUUCCGAAUCAUGUGAGAUCAUUCGAGGUGAAUGAUCUUCAGCCCAACAGUUUUUAUCGAUUUAGAAUAGCUGCGGUGUAUUCGAAUAAUGAUAACAAAUUGAGUCCCAACUCUGUGAAAUUUCAUUUGACCAAAGGCGAGGGUUUUGAGUCUAACAAAAUGCCCAUUCCGUUGCUGACGAAUACUGAGGCCCUGGGACCUGACAGGGUUCUCCUCAUAUGGCAGAAUCCGGAUAGAUCAGUCGAUAUCGAUGGGUUUUAUGUGAAUCAUAGGGCCUCAACAACUGCCGGGGAUUACAUUAAGACGACUGUCGAAGGGAAAAAUUCGACGAAUAUUACUAUCUCGUAUCUUCAACCGGAUACAACGUAUGAGUUCAAGGUUCAGAGUUUUUCGGUUGGGGCUGCUUCGGAAUUCUCUAAGAUUAUCAGGGAGAAGACU